AUGGGCUACUUCGAUCCCGGGCUGCCGGUGCGGUGCUGCAGCUCUGACAAGUUUGUUCCUCUGAAUAAGAUGUACCCGCCGCCAGUGAGGCCUUUCUUGAUGCCGCCGAAGCCCCAAGCAACAGCAGCAGCAGCUGCUGCUGCUGCUGGUGGCUUCGGGGGCAGCAGUGCAGGGCCGCCGUCCGCGUCCAACACACCUACAGCUGCGGGUGCUGCUACAGCGCCACAUAUAACGGGUGCUGAAGACGGCACCAGCAGCAGCGGCACAGCAGGCACUAGCGGUAUCCCUGUGGGAGAUCUCAGUGCUGCUGUUGCUGCUGCUGCUGCUGCUGCUGCUUCUGGCGGCAAUACACCCCUUGGGGGCAACGAUGGACGCACCUAA